AUUGAUUGAUUGUUUUUCAUAAUUAAUUAAUUUAAAUUUAUAUCCAAGUUAGCUUAUAGUGCAAUACUGAUUUCAGAAGUAGAUUCCAGUGAUUCAUCCCCUAAAUAUAACAUCAGCUAUUCUUCCUAAGAUAAAUUCACACACAUAUGCAGAUAAGGCAUCCUAGGGGAACUUCAUCAUGUUUGGAAUAUUUUCAUAUUUCAAAAUAGUCUUGGCAACAGUUUUAUACAAUAGAGUUCCCCAUACAUGUGCCAGCCUGGGGUAAAAACCAAAUAAGAGUCAGGUGAUUGAGUUUGGGCUCAUAUCCUGAGAUGAUUCUGAUCUCCCAAAGACAGAGGAUAUUCCAGCUGAGGUACCCAAAUGUGUUCCAAAUGUCACAGAAGAUCUAGCAGAACUGAAGACUAAAGAUGGGCUUCAUUAUUGUGAGCAGGGCCAUCCUAAGGAGGGUUUGAGGCUGAGCCUAGACAUGAGAUCUCUCUUCCCCCAGCCCAACAUUUUUAUAUAUGUGAAUAUGGUUUAUUUUUAUUCUUAUGUUUUAAAGUUCAAAGUUUUACUAUGAAUUUGGACAAAUGAGUGAAUAUGGUUUAAAAGAUCAGGUACAGCUUAAACACCAGGAACUAAUAGAUAUAAAUAUUAGAAGAAUUGUACACUUCUUUGUUCGUUCAUUCAUUCAUUCAAUAUUUAGCAUCCAAUAGAGCCUGGGCUUCAGUGGGGAAUAUGAGAUGAAUACACCUCUCAGCUCUCAAGAACAUGCAUUCUAUUUGGGUAAACAAUGUGUGAACAUAGCUUUGUGCAGAAUGUCCUGAGAGCCUAUAGAGGCUGUUGGAACAAGCAGGCUUACAUUUUCUGAGCAGAGAGAGGGAUGGCAAAGCUCAAAUUUGAUUGUGAGAAGAAGGAGGAGGUACUGAAAGCAGAGAGCAGAGUCAGUGCAAAGCCAUGCAGCUGUGAAAGAAACUGACAGGCUCAGAGUAUUGACAUAAGUCACGUGUGGUUGGAAAACAGAAUACAGGCAUGGGAGCUAAGGCUGCAGAGGAGAGCAGGGACAGAUCAUAAGGACUGUUACACAUGCCAAGGAGCUUGACACUUAAUGAAUAGAUAAUGAGAAACAAACCACAAGAAAGCUUUAAUUCCCAAAGUGCCACAAUCAUAUUUGCAUUUUUAAUAGAUCACUGAGAAAGCAGUGAGGACAAUUAUAAAAGGCAAGGGCAAAGGAAAGGGACUACUUGGAAACCCAUAGCGAUAACUUGACACAAUAUGAAAGCAUUUUCAUUAUCAAAAAUUUAAAUAAUACAGAAGCUACUCCAGGAACCAACACAUUAUCCUACUAAUGGAUACUUCAGUGGUUUCUAUUUUUUUUUAUUAUUAACUAUGAAUAUGCUUGUACAGGGGUUCAGUAAAUUGCUUAUGAAAAAGAUUACUUCUAAAAAUGGUCUUUUAAAAACCUAGAUGCCAGGGGUGCCUGGCUGGCUCAGUCAGAAGAGCAUGAGACUCUGGAUAUUGGGGUCAUGAGUUCAAGCCCCUCGUUGAGUAUAGAGAUUUUUUUAAAUAAAUAAAAUUAAAACAACAACAACAACAAAACUAGAUAUGCCCAUCUUGUUGGCACAGCUAAAUAGAUUUUUGGAGCAUUAAGGGAUGGAUAAGAUAGUAAGAUAACUCUAAUAUUACUUUACAUCCAAUUAGUAUCAGCCAAAACAUGACUGAGCCCAGGACUACAGAGAAAAAUACUAGUCCAUCAGAAUCCAAUCUGAGGUAAACUAGGACUCUUCACAACUCUUGUUCUGGACUGAAUGUUUUUGUCCCUCUAAAAUUCAUAUGUUGAAAGCCUGACUCCCAAUGUGAUGGUAUCAGGAGGUAGGGUCUUUGGGAGGUGAUUAGGUCAUGAGGGUACAGCUCUCAUGAAUGGGAUUCAUGUUCUUAUAAAAGAGACUCCAGAGAUCUCUCUUGGCCCUUCUGCCAAGUGAGGACACGGUGAGAAGAUGGCUGCGUUUAUGAACCAGGAAGCAGGUUCUCACUGGACACUGAAUCUGCUAGUGCCUUGAUCUUGGACUUCUAGGCUUCAGAACUGUGAGAAAUAUAUGUUGUUUAAGCCACCCAUUCUGCCAUUUCUUCAUUGCAUCUGGGAGAGCAAGAUGGGUCACCAGCAGCUCUACUGGAGCCAUCCGAGGAAAUUUGACCAGGAUUCUCGUUCUUGCCUUGUCCACUCAAACCAGCACGGUCUGAUCUGGAAAUGCAGCCUGAACAGGUGCUGCCAGUGUUUCCAUCAGUACUAAAAGGAUAUAGGCUUCAUUAAGUUGGAUUAAAUGACCUUGCUUGAAUGGAUCAUCCAAGAUACAUACUUUAAUUGCAGAUACUCAAGAUAACCUACCUUAAUGCCAAUCAUUGUACAUAAAAUAAAAAUACUUUAAUUAUGACUAUUUUGAAGUGAAAAUAAAAAGCCACUCAGUCUAUUAUUUUAUUAGAGCAGCCCAAAUGGGUUAAGGUAGUUCUCAUGGAUACACUUGGGAAGACGAGGCACAUGUGAUGGAAAUGUGAUAUAUUUUUCCUAAGAAGGCUUUCACCUAAAGAGGAAUCUGGUGACCAAGGGGAGAAAUUGGGCUAAGUGGAAACACCUCUCAGAGCAAUGCAGCACAUGAAGCUGAUGGUCCAGGCAGCAUCCAGGAGGCCAUGUCCCACCAAAUGACCACCAUUGUGGUGGUUGGUUGGCUAUAAGUGUUGGUCCUGGAAGGUCAUUGACUUAAAACAAGGCCCUCCACUUUCCUCUCUCUGUGGCAGCUCUCUUACUGUGGUCAUUUAAUCAUCAAAAAACCUGAAACCCUUACAAGGUUUGAGGUCAGAUUUGUUUGGGGUCACGUCUCCCUUAGGUUUUGUACCAACCCCAUCUCUCAUAGAUUGGUGUUAAUUCUCUGCCUAAAGCCCUAGAGGGAUGAAGG